AUGCCUAAGUUCUGCCUCUUCGCCUGCCGAUCCCGCCACGAUGCGAGAUCAUCCGCAGCCUCAACCACCACUUCAUCAUCCUCGCCCACACACACGCACGCCGACGAUGCCGACGACUCCUUCCACCCGCCUGCCCGCGUCCUGACGCCGACGGGCAAGCACUUCGCGCUGGCGCAGCAGAAAGAGCGCCGCCGCCGCGCCUCGCCGCCGCCCUCCAUCAUCGUGCCGUCAGCCGGCCGCAACCCGUCCCUCUUCCCCUCGACGACGGACGUCUCAGAGAAGCCCGCAGACAGCCCUGUGGAUUCUCUCCACCGCCACACCGGCCGGCACUACGCCUACCACCAGCGCAACAACGGCAGCAACACGACCGUCAGCAAUGGCUCCUCCGGCGGCAGCCGCCCGCACACCGUCUACGCGGCCGCCGACAGCCCGGUCUCGAACAUGGCGCCGACGAUCCGCAUCGUUUCGGACGGAGCCACGUCGCCGACGCCCGUUGAUGCGUGUCACUACGAGAACCUGGCCGGUGAUGACGAUGAGGAAGACUACGAUUACCGGACCCAGCGCUCCGCCACGCUGCGCGACUCGCCGUCCCCGGACUUUACCGACUGCUACGACAGCAGGCCCAGCACCGCCUUUUUCGACGCUGAGAGCCAUCUGAGGUUCGGCGGGAACGGAAGGAGCUGCGUGUCGCUGGGGAGGUACCCGACGGCGGGGCAGGUGCCUGUUGCGCCUGUGGAGUAA